AUGGCGUCGUCAGAGCCAGCGCAAUCCGGACUACCGAAGUUCAGACUAGCACAAGAGAGAGAACUCUACAAAUAUCUCAAACUCGAUCUUGAAGGUCUCCGACCUGGCCGAAAAGUAUCCGCAACACCUGAAAACGUCCAGGAUCAACAGGCUGCCUAUGUUCCCCGAUCGUCGCCUGAUACUGCUUUGACGGCCUUCGCCCAGCUGGGAGUUUUGAGGUUGAAGGCUCAACGUGCCUUCAUUUCGCUCUUUGGCCGAGACCAGCAUUAUAUUCUCGCAGAGGCCACCCAAACCCUCAGUCUUCAAGAUGAUACAGUGGAUAAUGAUCGAGACGCCUUGUGGAUGGGUUGCUGCGUUGUCCCAAAGGAGGAUUGGAUAUGUCAACAUGUCGCCCUACUACCGCAAAUGACAUCAGAGGAGGAUAAAAAUGUGGUUGAUGGGGGUAUAUACCUGGUACCUGAUCUGCGCGAGGAUAUUCGGUUUGUCGAAUCGAACCUGGUCACCGGCUCUCCCAAAGCGAGGUUCUAUGCAGGCGCCCCCAUCAUUAGUUCCAAAGGCAUCACGAUCGGGUCCUACUGCAUUAUCGAUGACGAGCCACGAUCAGAAUUGGACGCCCGGUCAAUAAAGUUCCUGCAAAAUAUGGCAUCGACCGUCAUGACCCACUUAGAUAUGGCUCGAUGCAAAGCGGAACAUCAUCGUGCAGAGAGAAUGAUUGUGGGUCUCGGAAGCUUUGUGGAAGGCAAGGCAACGCUCCGCAAUGAGUGGGUACAAGACACCGGAUUACGCCAGAAUGAACAUCAAAACGACGAAGGCCACCUGAAUAUACUGCAGCAAAAUGCACGAAUUAAAUCCGGUCUGCCCCGAACUGUCCACACCCACCCGUUAUCCGAGCCGCUGCAGUCACAAGCAUGUCUCCGAAAGGGGUCUGAGGAAUCCAUAUCAUCCACCUCCCCAAGAUCAUCCACCUCCCCAAGGUCAUCCACCUCCCCGGGAUCAUCCAUCUCCCCGUCCACGACCCAGUCCGGCAAGAGUUCAGACGCCAGUGUCAAUCAGAUGUCCAGCCUCAACAACAAGGCCGAAACGGAAACCAGUUUCUCCGUCCGAAGCACGUCGACUGAGAAUCUACAAGAAGACAUGCUCUCCAUUGGAGUUCGACAAGUCUUUUCGCGAGCGGCUAACCUCAUCCGGGAGUCGUUAGAAGUCCAAGGCGUGGCGUUUUUCGACGCGAGCAUCGGGUCUUAUGGUGGUCUCGUCAGUGAUACGAAACGAAAGGGGCCAGAAACAGAUAGCGGAAGUUUGGAAAGCUCCAUGGGUAGCAGCGACGAUAGCACCGGAUCUGAUUCCCAGGGAAGCUCUCCCUCAUCAGUCGGGGAGAACGCCAUCCCAGAGAACACGACCGUAUGUGAAAUUUUAGGCUUUUCGACUUCGGUUACAUCCAGUAUCAACAACGAUUCAAGAGCAGGACUUGUCCUCCGGGAAGUAUUGCUGAAGGCGCUUUUGCGGCGUUACCCGCAUGGCAAGAUUUUCAAUUUCAACGAAGGGGGAUCGGUAUCCUCGGACGAAAGCAGUGAUGGACCACGGAAGAACUCAUUGGCAGGUGAGGAUCCAAAGUCAAUCACCACAGACCCCACUAGUGGAAAAGGAAGAAAACCCCGGAAAAAGACGCGCAGUGCCAUGGUCAAAGAGGAUGGAGAUGUCCUCAUUCGACUCUUCCCGGACGCUCGAAGCAUCGCUCUCCUGCCGAUGUGGGAUUCACACCGCGCUCGAUGGUUCUCGGGCGCUCUGGUAUGGACGAACACUUCUCGGCGCGUCUUCACGUCCGAGACUGAGCUUACGUAUCUGUCGGCCUUCGGAAAUAGUAUUAUGGCGGAGGUUCAUCGUCUGGAUGUCGAGAUGUCGGAGAAGGCAAAAACAAACCUGGUCAGCAGCAUCUCGCACGAAUUACGAAGUCCUCUCCAUGGCAUUCUUGGCACGUCAGAAAUACUCCGGGACACGGCGAUGAACGCACUUCAACACGGAUUGGUGCACACUAUUGAAUCGUGCGGGCGGACAUUGUUGGAUACCAUCAAUCAUUUGCUGGACUUUUCGAAGAUCAACAAUUUCCGGAAGGGAGGAGGCGACAAAGCCAUCCACAAACAGAAAAGCCGGCCAAGACGACACAACAACACCGACCCAUCAACCAAUAGUAUGAAGCCUUCACGGCGGACACGGCAUGGUGGGAUGAUUAGUCUGAAGUCUAAUAUCCAGCUGGAUGCUGUCCUGGAAGAGGUAAUGGAAAGUGUGUUUGCAGGCCACAGUUUCUACCACAGCCCACAAACAUCACUUGCGACAGACCGUCCGAACCCCAUGGCACUCGACGUCUUGGGAGCCUCCCAGCAAGCGGGUCAGAUCAGUAUCAUCUUGGAUAUUGAUGAAGCCGCCGAAUGGAAUUUCUUCACCCAAAUAGGCGCCUGGCGCCGCAUCAUGAUGAACAUUUUCGGCAACGCCCUAAAGUACACCCAUACCGGUUUUAUCUUCGUAAAGCUAACGGCAUCACCUGUCACUCCUGUCAAAGACGCCGUACCAGGAGGACCUACUGAUUUCAAGGUGACUCUCACGGUCAAGGACACGGGUCGAGGAAUUAGCAUGGAGUAUCUACAGAAUGGUCUAUUCACUCCGUUCACACAAGAAGACUCGCUUGCCCCUGGAAAUGGACUCGGGUUAAGUAUUGUUCACCAGGCAGUCCUUUCCAUGGGUGGUUAUAUUGAAGUCAGCUCACUCCGGGGUCGUGGCACCGAAGUCUCGAUUGGAGUCACUCUAACCCACGUGCCCGCUCCAAACGCCCCCCUCAACUCGUCCGAACCUGAGUCCAUUGCUAAAGUAAAACACAUUACACGUGGAGCCACCGUGGGACUCCUGGAGCUGGGAUCGCCUGACAUCUUCGAGCGCGAUACAAUCCUCCGCACUUCUUUGGAGAAAUUGUGCAAGAACUGGUUUGAGAUGGAUGUCCAUAUCUUGUCCCUAUCGGACGAGUCUAUUCUCCCCUCGUGCGAUUUUUACGUUGCAGUGCAGACCGAUGCCGAUUCGGUGAACACAUGGGAAUCUUGGUUAUCAAAAACCGAGAACUAUCCCCAUAGCGAUGAUGAGAAUCAUAGAAUUCCAAUUGUGGUGAUUUCUCGGUCGCCGGAGGCUGCACAUCUCAUGUUUAGUGCGGCAAACCAAUCGAAUCACGGGGCUAUUGUCGAAUUUAUCAGCCAGCCCUGUGGCCCCCGCAAGUUGGCCAAGGCAUUCAGCAUGUGCAUCAGGCGACAACAACGUCGGGAAUUUCUGAAUGGAAGAGGCUCUAGUAUGGAUCAACUUCCGGGGAAGAAAGCGUCCCAUUUAUCGGAGUCAUCUCCAGCUUCCCAAGAAGAUACUGAAGCACAACGUGCAGAUGAGGUCAACUUCCAGAAACACAAAGCUGGCAAAAAGGCGAUAGAUAAUGAAUAUUCCAAUUUGGACGAAAUGGACGACUCGCGGCAAACCGAGGACACUGAUCUUUCUCAAAACGAGAGUGAUGCCGUUACUUUGCCAAUUCGAGAGGGUCUGCCCAAGAUAGAGGAGGAGUCUUUGGCAGUGUUACUGGUUGAAGACAAUGAUAUCAACAUGCAGAUAUUGAUUGCGUAUAUGAAGAAAGAAGGAUACCGGUAUGCGACUGCCCGCAAUGGAUUGGAGGCCUUGAACACCUUCAAAGCCCAUCCUAGAAAGUUCGAAGUGGUUCUGAUGGAUAUCUCUAUGCCCAGAAUGAAUGGAUUCGAAUCUACUCGGUAUAUUCGCAAUUUUGAGCGGGAAUAUCAAAAAACGCUCGAUGCUUCAGCGAAAGAAUCAUUUGAACCUGCAACUAUUGUCGCUCUGACCGGCCUUGCAAGUGCCAGUGCUCAAAACGAAGCUUAUGGGUCAGGAAUGGACCUCUUUUUGGCGAAACCGAUCCGAAGAAAACAAUUAUCCACUCUAUUGCACGAGAGAAGCUCAGGCAAGGCCAAAAAACACUCUCAAUGA